CCUCACGCCUCCUCUUCGUGCCGUCUGAAUCUCCCCUGCGCGUCCCUCCUGUUCAUCAUGUCCUUCGCCUCCCAGACCGCCGCCCGGUGCUGCCGCCAGCUGGUGCGCCCGACCGCGACCCGCCUUUCGUCCCCGGCGUACUUGGCCCCGAGCCGGAGAUGGCAAUCCACCGAGGCUGAGGCCCCUGCUGCGCCUGCCAGCCCUAAGAUCUCGCAGAUUGUCGACCAGAUCAGCCAAUUGACGCUGUUGGAGACGGCCGACCUGGUGUCGACGCUGAAGUCCCGCCUGAAUAUCCCCGACCUGCCGAUGGGUGGAUUCGCUAUGGCUCCUGGUGCUGGACAGGCCGCCGCGCCCGCUGAGGAGGAGGAUGCUGCGCCCGUGCAGCAGGAGAAGACCCUCUUCAACCUGAAGCUGGAGUCCGUGGACCCGACCUCCAAGGCCAAGGUCAUCAAGGAGGUCAAGACCAUGCUGGGUCUGUCUCUGGUGGACAGCAAGAAGUUCGUCGAGUCGGCUCCCAAGGUGCUGAAGGAGUCGGUCCCCAAGGAUGAUGCCGAGAAGAUCAUCGAGACCCUCAAGGCGGUGGGUGCCAAGGCUAUCAUGGAAUAAAUGCGGUUUACGAGGGUGUCUUCUUUCUCUCUCUCUCUCCCCUAUGUCUUGGGGAAUUGGGUUAGAUCGACUGAUUGGGACGACGUGUGAUUGAACUGCAUCUACCAGCUGGAGUUUUGUCUCUCGCCUUUUUCUUUUUCUUUUCUUUAUCUGACGCUGUCUACUGUGUUAUAUCUGGCUCUGUAUUUCUUUUUCAUUAUCUUGUUUUUCUUUUUUUUUUCUGUUAUUUUUCUUUCCCCGUGGUAUAUCAUAUUGAGUGUCAUAUCCUAUAGCCGGAAGCGGGGAAACAAAAGGCGGCCAAUGUACAUUAUUGUGAAGGUAUUCCUGUCAUC